CAAAGCCUUGGGACUCUAUUUAAUUUUAACCAAAUUCUUCAGUGCCAUUACAGCGUGCAUCAACAUCUGCUUAACUUCCAUAAAACAUUACGACCUUACUUAUAUAGAUUCUCAAUACCUACUUAUUACAACCUACUUGUCCUGAUGUCCCUCGAACAAAAAUUUACUCACCAUAAGAAAAUUAGAAACCGGCUGCUAUUUUACAUGCGGUUUUCCUUUGAUGAUAUAGUCAAGGUUAAUCAUCUUAAGGCUGAGACACAUUCACAGAUGUUAAAACAAAUAUCAAAAACAAUAGAAAAUAGUGGGGGUCAAAAGAAACUUUCAAUCUUCUGUUUGAUAACGUAAAUAUGAACAUACUGUAGUUAUAUUGGUCAACUCAACUUCAUGAAAGAAAGUGUAACUCAAAAUACAUUAACCUAAACAUGAGUUUCAUUUUGAAAGAAAUUCUAAAACUGAUACCGUACAUUCUCUUUAAUUUAUAUGAUAAAAUCUUGUAUCCUCACCCUAUAUAUUCUUAGUAUCUGUUCAUAUCAAAAUCCAUCCCAGCUUUUAAGCAUAGACGAAAUAAAAAGGACAAGGAAAAAAAGAAAGAUUACCAAUAAGAUGGGAAGCAAAGCUGUUGUCUCAGUCUACUUAAUUAUUUCACUGUGUGCUGCCAUCUUUGUCACUCGUGGAGUAGCUCAAAUGCAAAAUCCGCAGGCGAUUCCAGGACUUUUUCCACCUGGCUUAGUACCUAUUGAUCUCGUCAAAUGUUGGUCGUCUCUCUUUACCGUCCAAGGAUGUGUCUUGGCAAUCUCCAACUCAUUUUUUUCUGGAAAAAUUGAAAACGUUGAAGCGGCAUGCUGCAAGGUGUUUUCAACUUUAGAUGCAAACUGUUGGCCUCAUAUGUUUCCUUUGAAUCCUUUCUUCCCUCCUCUCCUCAAGGACAAUUGUGCGCGUAUCAUCCCUAACUCCCCUGCACACAACUGAAAGGAACAAUGAUUGUUCAUCUACAGUUUUAGACUAGUAUAUUAGCUUCAAUGUCUAAGUUUUUCAUGUGUGAACUCAAUUAUUAGGAGAGCCCUAUAUUUACCUUUUCCUCAAUAAAGUGAAAAUUUAGCAAUAUCUACAACUUUUGUCAAUGUGUCUUGGUCACAUUAUAGUUAUAUAAUUACAAAUACAUCACCGAAAAUGGGUUUGUUAUCUAUCUUCAGUUGGCUAACCAUGUAAAAUAAUAUAUCGGAAAUUAAAAAUCACAAAACACGACUCGAACAAAGAUUGAAAAAUCAAACAAAGAGCGUUCAGAUAAAUUGACGCAAAAGGGAUUUAGAAGUCUCAAAACGUCGAAAAAUAUGUCUUAAUCGGCCUUUCUCGUCAGUUUAUGCAAGGGCAAGAAAAGAUAACACAUAACUCUAAAUUAAAGCUGUUAAUUUUAAAUGGUUUGAGUUUCACCCUAAGAUUUUCUGGUCAUAGAACCUUUAGAUAUUCAAAAAGAAAAAUCUGCUAACAAUAAGAAAGAUAUAACAACACAUAAGGAUAAAAGACAACUUUAGUUUGUUAUCUUACAUGUACAUAUAUAAACUAUGAGUUUUAUUACAAUACUGAUACGAAACAGUGGGAAAAGGAUAA